GAAACACCGCAAAAAUCAGACGAUGCGAAGGACGAGCUGCUAGGACAACUUCGACCAGGCUCUCUCUGACCGCGUGAGGCUCGCAGAUCUCAUCACCUCUUCUUGUCCCUAACCUGUGAAUGUGACAUCGCUUCGACUAGGCAGGGAAUAAAAAAGCCAUCAUCAUGAAUUUCGUAAUGAAACAAGCUUUGGGAGGGGCCACCAAAGACAUGGGGAAGAUGCUCGGAGGGGAGGAGGAGAAGGACCCCGAUGCUCAGAAAAAGGAGGAGGAGAGGCAAGAAGCACUGAGGCAACAGGAGGAGGAGAGGAAGGCCAAAUAUGCAAGAAUGGAGGCAGAGAGAGAAAACAUCCGACAGGGCAUCAGGGAUAAGUACGGCAUCAAGAAGAAGGAGGAGAAAGAAGCGGAGGCGGCCGCCGCCAUGGAGCAGGCCUCCGAGGGCAGCCUGACCCGUCCCAAAAAGGCGGUCCCCACCGGCUGCGGCGACGAGGAGGAAGAGGAGAGCAUCGUGGACACGGUCAUGAAGUUCAUCCCGACUCCGCUCAUGGAUAUGUUCAGUAAAAAGUAACCGCGCUCUCGGCUGAAACCUCCAUACUGCGCUCAUGUCCAUCCAACCGCUCUUCUUCUUCUUCUUCUCUUCUAAAUGUGCUGCAACUGCACAAUGCUCCUCUGAUAAAAGGGGGUCCUAGUUUUAUUUUUGCUUUUUAAAACAUGCGUCCUGCCUGAUGAGAAGUUUAUCACCCCUACUUUUAUUUGUAAAUACAUUCCAAACAUAAAUAAUAAUAUAUAAAUAUACGACAUAUAACACAUAGAUGAGUACAAGCCAUAUUUUUAACUAUCCAAAUCAUUCUCCUUUUAUGUUCUUAGUAAUAUUUGAUACACACGGGGUGCGUGGGUGCGCUUGGGUGCGCCUUUUCCUGUGUCACUUGUUAGCCGUGAACGUGCGACAAAGUGAAGUCCAUUACGUAACAAGACCGUGGUUUGAUGUCCCAGCAGACGUUUUUACUUGGCAUGAUUUGUGACACUGUGAUGUAGUCAUCAACUCUUUGAGGCAAUAACUGCUUUUUCCACUUUUCAUUUCGGUAUCGGCCUCCAUUGUUGACUUCAAAUGUUCUUCCACAGAAGCGAGGGGUGGUUAUAAAAAUGUACACAAAAAAAAAGACAUAAAGUUUGUCUCCAAGCAGUGAAAAGAUUGUUUAAAGAUCUUUUAGUUGUCGUCCUGUGGCAGCCCCAAGUGGUUCUGCUUUGUCAUUUUCACCGCCUCUUUACUUUUGCGCCGUUUUUUUUCUAUAAAAGGAAACAAUAAAAAAACAAGCAGAAGCUUCAAAAGCGCAGACAGACAGUGGCAACAGUGCAAUAUAUUGUUUAUCAUGUCGACAAUGACAAUCUUCAUUGUUGUGUCUUUAAACGUGAAGGAAUAUAUAUAUGUAUAUAUAUAUAACGUUACUCCAUGAAUGUUGAGCACACCGUCUUUAAAAAGUGAAGUGGUACAGCCUUUGUAUUGUAGUUAGCAUUAUUAUGAUUAUUAUUAUUAUACUCAUAAGCUGAAGGGUUAUCAAAUCGUAAUCAUUCCAUGACAUCUGUCCAAAACAUUCCAGCUAUUUCAGACAUUCCGCCAGUCCUGUGGCCUCAGUGUGAGCCUAAGGCCAUGUCCGCACCAAUGAGGAUAUUUGCAAAAAAUGCAUAUUAUGUCAUCCAAAAAAACUCGCCAGCGGAUCUCUGUACAUUGUGCAUAUUUUUAUGCAUAUUUUGGCCAAAGCAGAAGCCUGAAAAAGUCAAAUGCAUGCAUAAAUGUAUAAAAAUUGAACUAUAUUUUGCACCCGUUAUACCACUGGUGUCAAACUAAUGGCUCACGAGCCAGACCUGGUCCGUAUAUCGUUUCAUGUGGCCUGCAAAAGCCUGGAAAAAAUUUGCGUCAAUAUAUCACUUUCUUGCUUAAUGGAUUUUUAACAUAAUUUUAACAAUAAUAAUAUUAUCUGAUCAUUCCCAAUAUUUUUUUUCGCAAUCAAAAAUAAAUAAUUUGGUUAUCCAUCAAUUAUCACCUGCACGGGCAAUUGUAUAAUAACAUAAUUAUACAUUUAGCAUCAUAUGUAGCAUAUUCACUGGUACAAGCGGCCACAAUAACAAUAACAAAAACGCGUGUGUCACAUAAUAUCAAAAAUAUGUACAUAAGGCUUUUUUGUGCUUAUGACCACAAUUGAACGAAACAGCGUGUACUCGUUUAAAAACAUUUAUUGAGUGGCUUAUUAGCAUUUUGUGCUAGUAAGUGUCGGGUUUUAGCGAUAUUUUCCUAUUUCUUUUAUGUCAAAUAAUUGAAGAAACACAGUAAGAAUUGUUAAAUUAUACAUUUUUUCACUCUAUUAGAGCGUUACAAUUGUGUUGAAUGGCUUUAGCAUGACCUAUUAAUGGCAAAAAUAGAAGCUAGCUAGUUAGUUACUUUUGAGGGAGGGUUUGAAGCCAUAUCCUGGGUUAGUCACAUGAUAUUAUAGUUCAGUUAUCACCCCCUUUGCUACAUUUUCAAAAAUUAAUUCAUAAAUUAUCACAGUUUUGUGGUAGACUUCCAUUACUGCCGCUACACAAAACAUUGAGACAUUAGCUAACAUUACAUUAACUUAACAUUGCACGAAGUUAGCAAUGGCAUGUCCGACGUGAUAGAGAAAAAAAAAAGGUUCUCCUCCCAUCCCGUCGGGAAGUGGUAAGUUUUCUGCUUCUAACUUUCGAAGAAAUCAAUUCCAGGCUAGCUGGUGAGGUCAUUAGCAUGUUAGCUCGCUAGCUAGUGGCCGUCUGGAGUCACUGCAGCAUAAGAGUUGCUCAGUGUGUAAACAUUAACAAUAGAGAGUCAACAGAGCUGUAAUAAUGUUUAAAAAAUGUAUUCUAUACUCUUAUCUACAAAAAUAUUCAAUUUAUUAACAUUGAAUGCUAUAUCGUGGGUCUUAAUUACCCAUUAAUUACUCUAAACGAGGGAUGACUGUACAGGACUCUGAGCACAAAUUUGUAAAGGGACAAUUUAAAGUAGUUUCUUAUAGUUUAACAUCAUUACUCGUGGUUCUAGAGGUUCUACAUGGUUUCGUUUUACUCAACCGUGCACAAAUGCGGAAUCCUGGACAUUGGGUCAUUUUCAGACCGGCUGUUUUUAGCGCUAAAAACCUACAUUUAUGUCAAAAAGUCCCAAGCACCUAUAAAAAUAUCCAUGUUAGUGUGGACAUGGCCUGAAGCUACACAGCAUUAUACACCAAUACAGAGAAUAACACAGUAGAGUAGUGCAGUACUUCCCAAUCUAUUUUAUAUUAGUAGUACUAUACAUCAAUGGCACAGAUAGAUAAACAAAGAUACAUUAUUUGGAGUAAAUAAAUCAGCAUGAUCAUUUUACGAUUUGGCGUAGCGUAUGUCUGAAAUGGACAAGUUAUAACCUGCGUUUGUCAUUUGCAUUUUUUUUUUUUACCCUGCAGAGUCACAAAUGUGAGAAAAAGUACUACUGGCUUUCAAUUCGGGAUGCACCGAUUGAUGCAUUCCGAUACCGGAGCUGCAACCAUGCUAAAAGAAUAUCAGCAAAGAUAGCUGGAAGAACAUCCGCGAAUGUAGCUUGAUGCGUUCACAACCACUCAGACAACACAGAACUUUUAAUAUCGCAUCUUGUUGAUUUGAUAUAAGGAGGGUGUAAACUCUUUAUAGCAGGGGUCUCAAACUCAAUUUACCUGGGGGCCACUGGAGCUAGGGUCUGGGCAAGGCUCUUUUUCCAAAAAAAACAAAACGCAUUUAUUAAAAACAGAAAAAUAUACAAACUUUUUCAGUGCUUUGGUUCCGAUUUUCUACAAUAAAAGCUCUGAUAAAACAUUACACUGUUCUCAAAUAUCUUCAUUUUUAUUUUUUCUGCACAAAAUAAGAUGAAAAAUAAAUAAACAAAUCAAGAAUAAAAAAAAUCAAUCAAUCAGUAAUAAAUAAAUAUAAUAAUAAUAAUAAAACUAAUAAUAAAAUAAAAUAAUAAAAAUAAUGAAAUAAUGGUGAGUAGACAAAUUAUUUUUUUCAGAUUAAAAUGAACAAAGCAUUAUUAGAGCCCUGUAGACAUGACAAAACACGACUAUAGUCACAUUUAUACUCUUUUUAUUUACAACAUAUUGCGCAACUGCAGGGUCUUGAGACACAUGCUAACUCGCAAACUAGAGAGCUAGCGACCUAAACGGUAGCCUUCAAGUUAUUUCCUUUAAACUUAAAUAGCCAAAAACUUACCACUUCCACACGGAUAGGGAGGAUAGCUAUUAACAGUUAUUUAACCUUUAACAUGGACAUUAAUCAAAUGUACAAAUUUUUUCUGGGUACAUGACAUUCAACUUUCAUAUCAAGGCGGGGGCCUCAAACUAGCGUCCUGUGGGCCACAUUUGGCCCACGGGCUGCGUGUUUGAGACCCCUGCUUUAUAGCGACCUGGAAGUUGUGUGCGGUGUUAAAACAAACCGAUUUUGCGAUGUUCUACUGUUUUGUGCGGCUGUGAACGCAUCUGGCGGAGGACGUACGCUGAUAUUCUUCCAGCUACAAAGCUUCCAAAAUCUGGUCUCCAUCCCCAAGUUGCUCAAACUCAAGCUUGUAUCGACCGUGGUGCCAGCGUUGUGUAUCCUACAACCUGCUGUGGUUUUACCGUGCUAGGAAACUGCCUUUGUGCUCAAUCGGACGCGCGAGUCGUUACUAGAGACGUCAUCCAGUUAAACCAAAGAACACUUAGAUGACAUUCUCUUGUCUUUUUUUUGGUUUUGUUUUUUUCUGCAUAUCUCAGGUAUUCUACCAAUUGGCUAACAUCGCGUCCUGGAUGAGCUCUGUACGAAUUGUAAUUCUGUCGUCGUUUCUCGUGCGACUACGUUCCACAAAAGCUACUACUGCCCCACUUUUACGCAGAAAAUUUUGUAACGAGUCCAAACUCCUGUGCCCUUCUUUAUGACAUAAGACCACCUUCAUAUGUAUUUUUUUUUUUUUUGAAUAAUUUUUGGGGUUAGUUACGCUCCAGAUGGCUACUCGGACACUGCCUGGACAAACUGUCUCAUUAAUGUCAUAAGAAGAGAAAAAGACGCCGCUUAUAAUAAAAGUACUCUUAGAUGUGACUUGAAUGUAACCGUCCUCUUGCAUCUGUCCUCGACUUAGCUAGCGCGCUAUUUUUGUAUUUUUGUGUUCUCGUCCUCUAGCCGGUCUUGUUUCCGUCCUCUGGUAGUUGGUGGUUGUUCUUAAUUUUUUUCGGUUAAAUUCCUUAUGUGUUUUGGAUUUUUUUUUUUUUUUAAAGGUGCAUUCAUUCUUUUUCUACUGCAAAGUCUUCUCACUUCUUCUUCUUCUUCUUCCUUAUUCUGUCCAGAAAAAUGUAUGCAUGCUCCGUGGUGUGCGAUUGUUGAUAUAAGCGUUUUCGGUGUCCUGUCUGUGUUUUCAAAGCGCCACCUUGUUAGCCUCACUUGCAUGCCAUUUGAAGACAGAUAUUUUAGUCUGUAAACCUACAUGCAAAAAUAUAAACACAUAAAAAAAAAUGGAAACUCACCGCGCACUCUGAGAAUAAAGUGAUUUCCUAGAA